AUGGGUGGACUUAUGGCUGACGCGGCGCGGGGACAAUUGUUAUUUCCAGCCGCGGCUGAUUUAGUUAAUUGGGCGAAACAUCCCAACGGCAAUGAAUUUGGAGUUGUGAUGUUGGUUCUUGAGGAGAGUCCCGUUGCUGAUCAGAUUCCUCGAUCAUUGUUCAAGGGUAGGGCUAGACAGGCUUCAGUGUCGCCGACUCGCAAUAGCCCUGCUAGCAAUCAUAUGCCUGCAAUCAUGUCAAGUGGGGGAGAAGCUUUCCAAGCUUUCCAAGCAUUCCACCAGCGCCUCUCGACUGGAUCAAGGCAACGUGGAUUAUAA